AUGAUGCUGCAGGUGAUCUGGUUUAUGUCAGUGUGCCUGUUAGGAGUGUGGACAGAUGGAACUGUGAACCAAGCGCAGCCAAGCAGUGGAUCAUUAAAUCAAACUCAGGAAUAUGGAAGGUUUGGGUUUGAGCUGGCAGGGAUCAGGUCUUUCCUUCCAGAAGAAGAACUGGAGACCAGGAUUAUUGGGGGUAAAGUGGCCUGGUCCCACUCAUGGCCAUGGCAGGCUUGUCUGCAGUUAACCACCAUUGCAGCCUGUGGGGGUGCCAUAAUUAGCCCAAUGUGGGUUGUUUCUGCAGCUCACUGUUUCAAAAGGUAUAAAAAAGCUUCAUCAUGGACGGUUCUAGCUGGAAAACAUGACCUGGACAAUCCUCACGAGAAUGGACAGCAGACAGUUGGAGUGUCCAUGAUCAUCACACAUAAAGCCUACAACAUUCUGACAAAGGAGAAUGACCUGGCGCUCCUGAAGCUGCAGCAACAGCUCAUGUUCAACGAAUAUGUCAGACCCAUUGAUCUCUGGAUGGCACCAUUGCCUAUGUACAGUAAAUGCACCAUCACUGGCUGGGGAUCCACUCGAGAGAAUGGUCCUCGAGUUCCCAGACUACAAGAGGUGAACGUGACCAUCAUGCCCUCUGACGUUUGUAACAAGUACUACGCUGGCAGGAUCCGGCCUUCAAUGUUCUGUGCUGGAAAGGAAGGAGGAGGAGUCGACGCCUGUCAGGGAGACUCUGGAGGUCCUUUAUCUUGUUACACUGGCAGCAGGUAUGAGCUGGCAGGUGUGAUCAGUUGGGGGGUUGGCUGUGGACGAGCCAGAAAACCUGGAGUCUACGCCAGAGUGCAGCCGCAUGCUCAGUGGAUCAGUGAAGUCAUGUGUACGUUUCAGAUGAACAGCACCACAACUACUGAUGUGAUCAGAUACUAA